GCAUACAAAAAAUGCAGCCAACUUCAUUCCAAACUGUCACUUUGGAUAUUCAACAAGCAACAAAUAGUGGUUUAAAAAUGUAUGUUUCUGCAUCGAAAUUAUGUCGCUUGUGUUUGGAUGUCGCUAGUACUCAAACACCAAAUGCCAAUUUUGUAGAAUUAUCGAAAAACUGGUUUAAUAUUGAUAUUUCGGGCACAGAAACAAUUUGUAACGUCUGCCAUGAGCAGUUGAACUAUUGGCCUGUCUACGUUAGCCGCAUUACGGAAUCAAAUCGGUCACGCGAAACUUAUACAAACCUUAUGAAUUCGUAUCCUGAUGACCUCUAUAGUGUGAAUAUCGCCACAAAAUGCCGAAUAUGUUUCUGGAAGGAAGCCAAGGUCGAUAUCAGCUUCGAAACCGAACAUCAUGGAAGAAUGCAUCAAUUCAUAGAAAACCAGUUGAAAAUCACAGUCAAGUCAUCAGAAUUGCUUUGUUUCGAUUGCCUAAGCAUUUUAAGAGAUGUGUCGAUAUACAAAACAUAUCUGGGAGGCAUACAACGAGCUAACUGCAUGACGAUAUCAGUUAAAGAAGAGGUUCAUGAGGAUGCAAACACAGAAGUAGCGACGGACGAAGCAGACUCGACCUCCGAUAAAAGUUUGUCUAUGAAUAAUGGAUCAUCUCCCCCAAACACACCUCGAAACAACAUCACAACGACCCGAUUUGAUUAUGAUGCAAGCACAGAUGAUGCUGAGAGUUUGUUUGGACAAGCAAGUAGGCGAGCAACAUCUGCAGCGAAUAUGGAAGAAAACUCAAAAAGGUAUAAAAAUAAGAAGCGACAAACCCUUUAUAUGAAAUGUCUGUUGAAUAGACAUAAAAUAUAUAAGUUAAAUCUAGAUUUAAAAUCUAAAAAUUAAAGUCGCAAUAGAGUUGAAGUGCUACAAAUUUUCUCUAUAGAUAGUUUCCACUAUCUCAUUCAUUACAUCUUUUUCUUCGCAGAAUCGAUCACCUGAAAAGAAAACGCGACAAAGAACAUAAAAAACAGAAAAAAAAACAAAAAAAAAUCAAAGUAUAUCGACUAAAAGAGUUGAAAAAUAGGUCAAUUCCGUUUAAAUUAUCUAUUUGCCACAGUUUUGUUUCUUUAAGUUUUGAUAAGUUUCCUUCUUCAACUGAAAAUUGUUUGCAAGUAAUAAGUACGCAAAAGUGCUAAAUUAUAUCUCAAUAAG